GAAAAUUUGUUUUUAAUAAAAUUGUCCAAAAAUUUCUUUGUUUAAUAAAAAUUGUUUUGUAAAUAAAGUUGAACCCAUAAUAUGAGUGAGAUUUGUUGGAUGACUUGAAUAUUUUAUAUGAGUAUGGCUAUUUUGAACUUUUUAAUUUGGGCAUGAGACAAUUGUGGUGUAUAUUAAAUUAGGUUUGGAUCAUGGAAUAUUAAAUUUAGGCAUAAUGAGAUUUAUCUUAAUUUAUCAUGUUUUGAGUUUGAUUAAUUAAGCUUAUGUUUUGGCUAUUAAUUUGGAAACUUUAUAUUAGGGUCUAUGAUAUGUGUGAUACUUUUGUGGGGUUAUAUUUGUUAAUUUGGGCCCAUUUUUAAUUGGUGAAAUUUAUUGGACUAAUUUAAAGUUUGAAUUUGUGCUUGAAUAAUUAUUUUGGACUCUACAUAUUUUUGGAUGUUUACAUUUGUGCUAUUUUUGUUUUUGCAUGGACCCAUUCUGCAAUCUUGUUGGUCGAGUACGAAUUUAUGAUACGUGGAGCACAAAAUUUCAUGGAACAAAGUGAGAUUUGAAAAGCUGUAAGAAGACAUUGAGCUUGUUCUGAUGGCCUAUUUGGAAAAGGUGCUUGAUGGAGGAAUGCACCAGUCUUCAGUUGCCGCAUGCCCAUUUCCGUUUGGCAUUUUGAAACUUGUGUUUCGACAACUCAAACGGAACUAAAGGCAGAUCCCCUCAAGUCCGAUGGUGGAAAAGGUGCUUGAUGGAGGGAUGCACCACCGUUUUCCGUUUGUCAUUUGGCCCCAUGCCCAUUUCCGUUUGGCAUUUUGAAACUUAUUUUUCGUCAACUCAAACGAGAACUAAAGGCAGAUCCCCUCAAGUCCGAUGGGGUGGUUCAGUUUGUCUCAUUGCGAUAAAUAAUACACCACCUGAAGCUUAGCCAUUCACAGGAAAUUCAUAAUGCCAAGAACACAGCAGAAGAAAUCGCUAUGGACCCCAGAUGAAGACAAUAAGCUUAAAGAAUUUAGGCGCAAAUACCCCAAUCUAUCUUGGCCAGCUAUCGCAAAGCAGGCAGAGCUGAACAGGACUGGUAAGAGUUGUUGGGAGAGGUGGGAGAACAAUCUGAAUCCUGAUAUCAACAAAGAUAAAUUCUCCCGAGAGGAAGAUGACAUCAUCAUCCAGCAAAUGUCGCUUCCUCAGAAUAGCUGGGCAUCUAUGGCAAAAAAUGAUCUUCGUGGGCGAGCUGCUAAUGCUAUCAAGAACCGGUGGAACCACCGCUUGAAGAAGAGGCAUGCGACUAUAAGUGACCUCAGGCGAUACCUUCUCUACCUAGAGGAACACCUCAUGGAUGAUGAGGCUAGUGAUCACUCUGUCCGGGGAGAUGACCUUGAGGCUUUGAUGGUCGAGAUUGCUUCCUUGAUUCCCAACAUUGAUCCAAAUCAGACUAGCGAUCACUCUGUCCGGGAAGAUGACCCUGAGGCUUGGACGUCCAGCCCUACUGAUUUGAGUCCCAACCAUCAUCCAAAUGCAAUUCGUUCAAUUAUGGACACAUACACCAGCUGAAGAAAUAGCCAAAUUAUGGAUAAUCAGACAAAUCGAAAGUAUAUGUUUUACAUGUCUUUGGGUGUCAUAUAUAUAUAUAUGCUUGUUGCAAAAUAAGCAUCAUCUUGUCCAUGGUGAUGAAUCCAUGCAGCUUAUAAUAAAACUGUGUUUUGUAUUAUGCUUAUCAGGGUUUGUAGGUUGAUUUCUGAGUAUUGAGCAGUCUUCUCAUAUGAUGAUAAUGCUAAAUCCUCUCAUCAUCUACUGCAUCAACUCCAUUCUCCAAUUUUCUUACUUUAACUCUUUUGAAAUGACCUUUAAUCACAUAAUUCAA